CGCCGAUGUAUCGGCGGUUACUGCGAAUCAUAUGGAAUGUAUAUCAUGUGCUGACCGGGUGGUAUGCAGAGCUGGCGCAUAAAAGAUAAACACCGCAGCAUAACCCCUCAUCCUGAACCUCUUUCUACUUUACUAUUUUACUCUACUACUCCCAAUCAUCCACAAUUUGGCUCAUCACAAUGCACCUCCGCCCAGGACACGCAGAGGCACGUAUCCCAGUGCUACAACAGCUCAUCAGGGAAAACCCUCUGGGCAUCCUAACAACAGCCAUCAAAUCCCCCACCUAUCCCUUCCUCCAAUCCAGCCACAUCCCCUUCCUCAUCGACGUGCCCGAAAACCCCUCAGAGGACAACCCAGGAACCCUCCGCGGCCAUAUCGGCAAACAGAACCCCCAAGCCAAAGCCCUAAUCGACGCCCUCACAACCACCCAGUCCGAAAAAGGUGAUGCCGAAACCCUCGAACUCUCCGACGAAGUCCUCAUCCUCUUCAACGGGCCCCACCACCACUACGUAACCCCCAAGUUCUACACAGAAACCAAACCUGCCACGGGCAAAGUCGUGCCGACAUGGAACUACUCCGCUGUGCAGGCCUAUGGCAAGAUCAAGGUAUACUGUGACUCGAAGUCCGAUGUCACAGGUCGGUUUUUGCAGACGCAGAUUGAGGAUUUGUCGCAGUAUGCAGAGACGGGGGUUAUGGGGUAUGCGUCGCCGUGGAAGGUGGCUGAUGCGCCGGAGAACUAUGUGCAGUUGUUGAAGAAGAAUAUUAUUGGGAUUGAGAUUCGGGUUGAGCGCUUGCAGGGCAAGUUUAAGAUGAGUCAGGAGAUGGGGAAGGGUGAUCGGGAGGGUGUUAUUGAAGGGUUUGAGAAGUUGGGAACGGAGGCCGGUGAGGGGAUUGCGAAGACUGUUCGUGAGAGGUCGGGAUAGGUCUAUUCAGUGUUGGCAAGAUAGCCUUGCGUUGUGUUUAUUGGGGAUUGGCUCUGUACUCGGAUACUCUGUGGACAAAGCUGAAUCCACACUGUUGCAGCACUAGAUCAGGAAGAGGACAGCCGGCAGCAUAG